AUGAAAGAUGCGAUGGGGCCUCGUGCAGCUCUUAAUGGGCACUUGAGAUCUGAGCAUUCCUGCUUUUCUCUGUGUCAACAAUCGUGCGCUGACUGGAAUCCACUGAUAUUGUGCAGGGCACAGUCAGAGAGGCGUUCUUUCUCUACUGUUGCGUUGAUGGCAGACUACGCAACGCAUGGCUCUGUCCACCUGCUCCCAAAACCGCCAACCCGAGCAGGGGUCAUCAAUGAGACAGCAAAACUGUCUGCAGAUGGCCAAUAUGUAAUUGAUGGCCGUGUCUCUACGCUGAAAAUCGCAUUUGAUUGGGAGGCCAAAAACGUGGACGUCGAUGCUUCUGUUGCGGUCUUUGAUGACCAGUUCAAUCGUGUGGACGUUGUGUGGUGGGAUAAGAAGACUAGCAAGUACUGCUCUGUUCACCAUCUUGGGGAUGAGCGCACAGGGGAGAAGAAGGGAGACAAAGAAGUCAUUGAGGUCGAGCUCGCGCGUGUGCCUCUCAAUGUGCACUACAUUUUCUUCACUGAGAGUGUCUACACCAAGGGCAAGAGCCUGGAGGAUGCCAAGCUGGGCAACGUGAAGCUGCUGUACCCCAACAAGCCCACCAGCACUCUGGAGAUCGCCACCCACGCCCCGGGUGACCAAAAGGGCACAAAUGCAGUGGUGGUGGGCCUGCUCACGCGCAAGGGCGCUUGGUGGACCUUCACGGCCCUCAGCAAGCCCGUCAGGGGCCGCACCAUCAAGGAGAUCGAGUACUACACAGACUUCAAGGCGUUCGUCAGGGAGCCCAGCUCGCCUGCUAAGACUUGGCUGGUGAAGGUUUGGGUGCCUGAGGCCCGCAACAUUGCCGCCUCGGACAAGGAAUCCACCUUUGGCAAGAACAAGACCAGCGACUGCUUCGUGCACAUCGCGUGCAAGGACAGGAAGUACACAUCCGCCGUCGUUGAGAAAACGCUCAACCCCAAGUGGGCCACCAAGAAGCUGGAUCUGGGUGAGACCAUAGAGUCCGACCAUACGCUUGUGGAGAUCAAGGUGCUGGACCAGGACCCCUCCAAUGACGACGAUUUCCUGGGGGCGGCCUAUCUGGCACUCGGAGGAAUGGCCAAGGCGGGCGUGGGCGCCCAUGAGGUGGUUGUCGCCCUCGGCGAGUCUCUAGAUCCCAAGGAGAAGGUCAAGCGGGGGGUGGAGAUCAGCGGCGACGUAGUCAUCAGGUGGGAGGUCGCAACCUCGGAAGAGGAGUGA